ACACAUUUAUAUGCCAAGUGUUGCUGGGUAUACAACAUAAAAACAACAGAAUUUAAAACCACAUCAACGGCAGACACGGUCAGUGAUUUUCCUUUGGACACGCAAGAGGUGUCUGCAUAAUUUUUGUUUUAUUCGCACGCAUUUCCGCUGCUCCAAAUCUCAAUUUUUAAACAAUGGCAACUGACUGCGAGGCAUGGCUGAACGCUAACCCCCUUGACGCAGACGAUCUGAGUGACUCUUUCCUAUCGGGAGAAGAGGAGAAUGGCAUUAUCACCAAAAACAUCAAGAACGAAAUAAAUGGCAACUGGAUUUCGGCACCAAACAGUAUCCACGAGGCCCGUCUCAAAGCCAAAGCGAAGAGGAGGCUGAGGAAGACUUCUUCUAGAGACUCUGGGAGAGGGGACUCGUUUAGCGAUAACGGGGACCCCUCCCGGGGUACUAACGGUACCGUACCCCCUACCAGCCCCAAGAGCAAACUGCUGGACAGGAAGUCUCGGGCAGGGAAGGGACGAGGACUUCCAAAGAAAGGUGGAGCGGGGGGCAAAGGGGUGUGGGGCCCACCUGGAGAAGUGUACGACCUGGAGGAGGUCGACGUCAAAGACCCCAACUAUGACGAAGCUCAGGAGAACUGUGUGUAUGAGACGGUGGUUCCUCCGCUGGAGGAGGGGGACUUUGAGAAGACGCUCACUCCCAUCGUGCAGGAGUACUUUGAACACGGCGACACCAAUGAAGUAGCGGAGCUCCUGGGUGAACUCAACCUGGGCUCCAUGUCUAGCGGGGUGCCCAUGCUGGCUGUGAGCCUGGCCCUGGAGGCUAAGGCCAGCCACAGAGAGCUGACGUCCAGGCUGUUGACGGACCUGUGUGGCCGCGUGCUGAGCCGGAGAGACGUGGAGAGCUCAUUUGACAAGUUACUAAGGGAGCUGCCUGACCUGGUGUUGGACACACCUGGAGCCCCUCAGGUAGUGUGUUUGAUAUCGCGCCGUCUAAGAAUAGAAGUGUUUGGGUGUAUCUGUGAACAUGUCUAAUUGACAGUGGAGGCC